AACAAUUUGUAUCUAAUAAAGUACUAGAAACUCUUGUCUUUUAUUCAUGGGAAAGAUGUCUACACAUGAUAGUAUCAUUGUCAUUGUCAUAGUAACAAUGCUAUUGUGCGGCUUUGCUGAGGCAGAGACCUAUAUUGUUGGAAAUAAUGGAAAAUGGGAUUCUGCAGUGACCGAUUGGCCAAAUGGCAAAUCUUUCAAGAGCGGCGAUGUUCUCGUCUUUAACUAUGACCCUAAUGUCCACAAUGUGGUGAUUGUGAGCAAGGAAAAUUAUAAUUCAUGCAUAGACUCUGGAAAGAUAUUAGAAUCGGGGCACGAUCACGUUACAUUGACAAGUGGAACUAGCUACUAUAUUUGUGGUUUUACUGGUCAUUGUAAAACAGGGAUGAAAAUGGCUGUCACUGCCAGUUGAUCAAUUGUUCUUCCAAAAGGCUGAAUCCCAACCCUAAGGGCCCCCACACCCCUACCCGACAAGAGCAUAUAAUAUAUUUUUAUUUAAGCACUCAAAUUUCCAUGAUAUCUAUUAAAAAAUAGAUUAUGACAUGAAUAAAGAUUCAAAUAAAACAUAGAAAUAUUUUGGUUAUUUAAAAAACACAUUGUAUGAGGUA